AUUGGGUCAAUUGGGUCUAUUGGGUCCAGUGGGUUCACCUCCGGCUGGCUCCUGAAGGCGCUCCGGGAGGAUCCGCGGAUUCGAUGACUCAAAGGAUCUCUUGGUGGAGGUCGGAGGGAAGUGGAGGGGGGCCCAACAUGUGGCCCCCUGACCUCGGCCCCGCGGACGUCCAGCUGACCCUGCCGGGUUUCGGCAGCGUGUUCCAGGACGCCGAGGACCCUUCUGGUGGCUUCUAUCGGCGCUCGGCGCGCUCUUCGGGAGGCGUUGGUGUGCGCCGCCUCCCGGGGACCUCCCUCCUCACCUCGUCGCCCCUGGAGAAGACCGCGGAGGACUUCGCCUUCGCGGCGGAUGCGGAUCCUAAAAGCGGCGCCCAGGGGUUCGGUUGUUACCCCCGGCCCUCGUUACCGUUAUCCUACGCGCUCGCCGGAUCGGCUCCACCUUUCGGCUCCCCGCCGUCGCCUCUUUCCUCUUUCGCCCCCUCCUCCUCGUCCUCGUCGUCUUUGUUUUUCCCGUGCUCGCCGCCGCCCGCCGCCGCCGCCGGAACUCCUCUCCUUCAGAGAAAGACGCGGGAGGAGCGUCAGUCGAUAAAACGGGAGCCCGAGGACGAUUUCUCGGCGUGCCAGAAGGAACCGGUCCAGGUCCAUGACCGGCAGGCGGAGCCGUUCAGGCCUAUCCAAGGUCGGGACGGCGCUCUGCGGGAUUCUCCCGCCGGCCUGGACCCCGACGUGCACCGGUCGUGCCGCUGGAUGAAUUGCAGCGCCGCCUGCGGCAGCCAGGAGGUGCUAGUGAGGCACAUCGAGAAGGUGCACGUCGACCAGCGCAAAGGGGAGGAGUUCUGCUGCUGCUGGGCCGGCUGCGUGCGGCGCCGCAAACCCUUCAACGCCCGCUACAAGCUGCUGAUCCACAUGAGGGUGCACUCCGGAGAGAAGCCCCACCAGUGCCUGUUCCAGGGCUGCUCCAAGGCGUUCUCCCGGCUGGAGAACCUGAAGAUCCACCUGCGCAGCCACACGGGCGAGAAGCCGUACGCCUGCCAGCACCGGGCCGGCUGCCUCAAGGCCUUCAGCAACUCCAGCGACCGGGCCAAGCACCAGCGCACGCACCUGGACACGAAGCCGUACGCCUGUCAGAUGCCAGGAUGCACCAAGCGUUACACGGACCCCAGCUCUCUCCGGAAGCACGUCAAAGCUCACUCCUCCAGGGAGGUGCAGGUUCUCUCGGUGCCGGAGUCGUCGGGCACGUUGAGCGACUGCCUGGCGAGGCAGCACCUCCACCAGGGAGGAGGAGGAGGAGGAGGAGGAGGAGGAGAGCCUCCACCCGGCCUCCAGGACUACAAGGGCAGUUCCUCCGUCCUCCACCGGGCGGCGUGUCCCUCAGAGAGGAAAAACUCCCAAAUCACCCUUCAGGGGGGAAAAAAGGAAGAACCCUUCAGGAGAGAACAGAGGAGGAUCCCUCUCCAGAAUGGACAGAACAAUAGAUGUCAUGUGACCUCCAUCACCCCCUCCACAGGGUUCGACCUGUUGCAGGACCUCCUGGCUCCGACCAGUGGGGGUUACUCCACGUCUCCUCACUCAGACGACAGCUUCCUCUUCCAGGAGGGAGUCCUGGACCAGGUCUACUCCUUCUACCUGGACUCAUGACGUGCACCUCCUCCUCCAGGUCUACUCCUUCUACCUGGACUCAUGACGUGCACCUCCUCCUCCAGGUCUACUCCUUCUACCUGGACUCAUGACGUGCACCUCCUCAUCCAGGUCUAC